CGUCACUACUCUGGGUUACAAAUUCAUGAGUGCGCUUUUCUUUCCGGAGACCGUCCCGUCCCGUCAAGAGUGAGGAAACAGCCACUGUGACGCUCAAUGGGGACUCAUUUAUGAAGGACAAUAAACCAGAUGUCUUUUUCCACCUGUUUGGGUUGUGUAUAUUCGCGGUGUAACGUUAGUGGAGCUGGACACACCGACCUGACGAACAUCGCUGUGCUGGUGGUGGUGUUGUUGUUACCCAGCAGCAGCCAACAUGGCUGAGGAUGACAGUGAAUGGGUUGUAGAGAGCAUCGUUGGCUACCUGGGAAGUCCUGAAUGGGUCAUUCCUGUCACGGAUUUCAUGGAAAACAACUGCACAGUUUUUGAUGACGAAGAUGAAAAUAAGUUAUCAUACACAGAGAUCCACCAGCAGUAUAAGAACUUGGUGGAGAAGCUGUUGGAGAAUUACAUGCAGGACGUUGGCAUCAAUGAGCAGCAGUUUCUGGAUGCAUGCACCUCUCCUUUUGCCAAAUCCAAAACACUGCAGUCAGUGUUCCAGCCAGUUCUGGCUACAGAUGACUUCCAGAUAUUUCGCUCACUGAUGGUCCAAAAGAACAUGGAGCUGCAGCUUCAAGCCCUCAGCGUCAUUAAAGAAAGGAACGGGGCCCUCCCAGAGUGCCUGACUGCUGGUGCGGACGUAAUGACAGAGUUGCAGGAUCAAGAGAUGAAAAUCCUACAGGAGGUUCUCAGAAAGUCAAAAGAGGAGUAUGACGAGGGAAUUGCCAGGAGGCUGCUAUUAGAGAAAGAGAUUGGCUCCACCUCCAGCAGCUGCUCUGAUAAGCCAGUGGCAGAAAGCAGAGAAGCUCAUAAUACCACCUCUGCUCCGAGCCAACAAAGCAACACUGCCAAAGCCAAAGCUGAGGGGAAAGGUGGCCGCAGCCACAGCAAUGGUCACCGCGCCCCACUAGUGAAUGGAAACACUACCACUGAAUUGAAUCUGGUCAACAGCAAACCUGCCAAAAAACAAGAGAGCAAGACGGCUGCCCCUGGAGGUGGGGAUAAGAAAAGUGCAGCUAAGAGCAGCUCCACGUCUAAACCCACACCAGAUUGUGGCGGUAACGUUGUGGAGUCCAAAGUCCUUCCAGCAGUGAGAGCACCAGUAAAGUCCGGCGAACUCUCCGCCAGCCUCAGUCCUGGUACCAAGGAGCAGAGCAGCAGUCCGACUGCAGCCGAGGCGUGGCUGGAGGAGGCACACAGGGAGGCUGGCUUCUCUAAGCCAUAUACUGAGUUGUCAGUGUCUCAGCAGGAGCAGCUCCAGCAGAGGGCGGCAUAUCUGCGUCAGCAGCGAGACAAGCUGCAUGCAUUGAAAAAAGAACAGCAGAAACCCAAGCAGGUGACCGCACCAGAGGAGGCACCCCCCACCACCACCACCACCACCACCCCGCCUGGCCUGGCUUGUCAGGAGGCAGUGGGGCAGUCCCAGAGGAAUGGGGCCUGUACCCCUCCUCCUCCUCCUCCUGUUCCUCUUCCUCUUCCUCCAGCACAACAAUCUGCUAACUCCUCCAAACAGAAGGAGAUAUCUGCUGAGGAGAGGAAGAAGCUGCAGAAGAGAAAACAUCUGGCCGACAAGCUGAAAGAGGAAGUGAUCAAGAAAUAACCCCCCACCCCCCUGCCCCCCAACUGCAAUAUUCUCAUUUAUAUGCUAUCUGUUUACUCCGUUAAUCAAACACACGGCUUUCAUUUACACUGCCUCCUUCAGACAGAUGAUUCACUUUGCGUAACACAGAUCAGGGGUUUUACAAAGAAUCACAAAAUGUCAGAUCUUCCUUCUCCAAAGUUCUUUUCAUUGCUGUCUACAGAGGAAGGUACACCUUCUUUUAUAUUUGGGAUGAACCAGUAUUUUUGGCAGUCUCCACUCACAUGAGCACACCGAAAUAGCAUCGGUUUGAUUGAGCAAGUUCCGAAAAACACACCGUAGUCAGGUAAUAUGCUGCCAGUGUUACAAACCUCGAGUGGAGAACUCUGAUAGCUUUUACUUUCCAUCACUAGACACACCUGGGCUGUGUCCAAAGCGCUCCUUAUUUGCCACUGGGUGCACUACAUUUACUUUAAUGACAUUUUGGAGUGUCCAAAUUCCAAAUGCAAAACAUAUGGAUUAUAGUGCCCUCACAAAAUCCCACAUUGGAAUGAAAAAUGUCUUCACAGCCUGUACAUUACUUGGUAAAAAUCUUACAAUUUAGUGCUUCACUAUUGAUAGUGUAAAUGUUUAUUAUGCAACACUACAUGAUUCAUAACCACUUUUGUACUCCCUAUAGAGUCAACCAUUGAUAAUUGACUGAAGGAGUGAUUUUGGGUUUGCUUCUCUGUAGACAAGUCAAAAAAGUUCAAAUAAAUGUGGUGAAACACAAACUCAACAUUAGGUACAACUGGCCUCGAGUUGUAUCACUGAGUUAGGGUAAAUGCUGGUGACAGACUUAAUGGGGAGUUUCACGUGAGGUGAAGGUAACAUUAGCUAGCGCAAGAGUACAGUCUUGUCGUUAGCAUCUCCAGAGGGAAGAGUCAGCUGCUACAUCAUAAAGCUGAGAACACUGUAGCAGCUCAGCCGAGUCUAUAAGCGCUGUGGAAGUUGUCAAGAUGAACACACGGUAGUGAUCAUGAAGAGGCAAAGAGAACAGUGUGUUGCUUUCUACGAGGAAUGCAGUAUUUCAUGUAUGCCGUUUAAUAAAAAUCACAUUUUAUAGAAACAA